UCCACAAUAAACCUGUAUAUGUGACUUGAGAGAAAAGGCUAACUUUUGAACAGGGUGUCUGAUCCACUACCAGAUUUGAGAGCUGUCCAACUUUACAGCACUUAUUUCAAUCUCCCCUGACUGCAGCCGUCUACUCUCCUCUACUUUCAAGGAACAGAGAAGCCAUGGAUUGUGCAAUUUCAAAGAUUACCCAAAGCCUUGCCUCUGCUGAGGAGAUGAGAAAUCAAACCAAACUUGUAAUGCAGCCGUAUGCCAACUGGGAAGAGUAUUUGACUCCAGCACCACUGUCCAUUGCCAUCCUGGGAGAGCUUGUAUUCAUCUCUUCCACAACAGAUUUCUCUAUCAAUAAAAACACCCCCAAAGAUGGUUAUAAAUUCAUCAAAUACCCUGAUUCCUUUCGAGCUUGCCUCAUGCAAGUAUGUAACACUGGUUGGCAUGCAUUUAACGAGGCCCAUACGAGCAUGGAUCAGAUUCGCCUGCAUACUGCCACUGUUCCAGAUUACAUGAAGACAGCUGUGAAGAUUUUAUUCCAAGGUGAUGACGAGGUUGUCCAAGCACAUCUUCCUGAUCAACUAGACAAUAUCCGAGUCAUUGCAGAUGAGUGUCUUGUGUUGUCUACUGCAACUGAAAAGCGAUUCAUGGAUGUCAUCAAUAUUAUCCAAGAGCUGCUGGAAGCAUGUGUGAACGCAGAGCACUUUUAUGGGGAGGAGAUGGAAGCGAUCAAGAAUAAAUUAGAGGAGAACAAAAUGAGGGAGCAAUCAGCACAAGAAACCAAGAAAAGGACUGAGAAGGCAGUGAGUGCCAUGGAGAAUGAACUGCAGCAUGCUCAUCAGAGUUACCAGAAAGCUAUGGAUUCUCUACCUAAUGGAUGGGAAAUGAUUGGUAUGGACUUGGUUGGUGGAAUAACAGAAAGCAUUACAGGCCUGAUUAAUGGAGUGACAUCCAUUAUAACUCACCCAGUGAGAAAAGCAUGUGGUGCAGCAACAACAAUAAGUGAUACUGUGAGCCAGAUUAAAGGUCAGGAACAUGUAGGAGAUGUGGUUGAUGAAAUAAAUGCAUAUAGUAAGUCUGCUGAAAUUCUAACAUGUUUGCAGAAUAUCCAGCAAAUAAUGAAAGUGAAUAGUGAGGAUGAUGACAUUGCCUGGACAAAUCUAUAUGAUCAAAAGAAGAAAUCUACAAAAAGUGAUUUCAUGAAAAAACAGUUUGAAAGAAUAAACAAUGAUUUAAAGAAAAUCUCUAAUUGCCUUGUAAAGUCACAAGCUCAGGAGCUUUGCAAGAAUGGCAUUAACAUAUGCAAGCAACUGGCAAAAUAUGCUCCAGAUGGCAAAUGUGACAAAGAUAAAGAAAUGGAGAUAAAAGAGAAGGUCUUGGAUCUGGUGAAUUCAGCCCAUGUUUUUGAUACCAAAAGGAAAGACAUUACAAAAUCUCCGGCCAUUUCUCCAAAACCUCCAAUGAUGUACAAAGAAGAAAACAGGCCGGAGAACAUGAGACCUUCACAGAGAGCAUCAGAGAAUGCACGAUUUUCCAUUGAGCAGUCCAGAGCUCAGCUGAACAAGACGAGGGAGACCUAUGAUAAGUGUGUGGAGAACCUAGAGAAGAACCAGAAGGAACUAACAGACAUCCUGGUCACUAUGAGACAAUGUGAACUCAAAGAGAUUGACUUCAAAACCACCAUACAGAUGUUGGUCAAAGGUAUGGAUGCCAUGGGAAGAGUGAAGGAGCAGUGGGAAAAAAUGGUUCACUUUUUUCAGAUGGUUUCCAGCAUUGUGAAAGCUAGCUUGAGCAAAACUCUCAAAAACUUUGUGUCUACAUCUGAGAAAACACAAGCCCUCUCCUACAAUGCCAAGCUCUUUUCAAAAGAUCUGCUCUACAACCAAGCCUUCCAAGCCUGUAACAUUGCAAGUCUGGUCCACAUGAUCUCUGGAACAUACACAGAUGUGUCCACCAAAUACUUGAUGGAUCGUGUCAGUUCACUGGGCAAACUAAUGGUCAUGGAUAAAAGUAAGCCAGAAUUUGAGCAGGAGCGUCAAAUGUUACAUAUUUCCUGUGAUGAGGCACAAAAAGGCAUCUUGAGGCUUGUUCUGAAGAAUAAAGAGGAGUUUGAUAGGAAGAGCACUGCAAGACUAGAAAAGAUUGAUCGAGAGCUGCUUGCCAUUCUGCCCCCUGCUCCUCCAAAGCAAACCAAAAGGAUUCAAGAGGCUGCUAAAGCUGGAUUCAGUGAGGAAGAACAAGAAUCAUACUACUGAGGGAAUCCACAAAAUGAUUUUCCGUUUUACAGGCUUGCGAAGUACAAAAUGAUACUAAGCUUUGAUUUAAGCUUUUCUUUCCAAUAGCAUGCACUGUAAUAGUCUUGAUAGCUCAGUUUAGAAGAUCUUAUUAUUAGUUAAAAGCAGAAGUGUAUAAAGUUUCCUGCCAUUUUAAUCAAGCAAACAAACAAAGAAGAUCACUGAGACAAACAACUGAACAAGAAACAUUAAUCUUAUUGGCUAACAUGUUUGCACAGGAAUAACAGAAGUUACAGAAAAAUAUGAUAAGAGAUUUGAUCAUAUAUGUAUCCAUUUUGUCAAGCACUUAAUUUAUAGUAUAUCACUGAAGAGUAAAGCUAUCACUGCUAUAGCUCAACUCUAAAUUGAAAAUUGUGGAUUAUAUAGUCUUUUGCUUUUAAUGACAAAUAAUAUGCUUAUCUACAUGCAAAUGUGUUUCUUUCUAAUAGCAUACCAUGCAUAUUUGUUUAUUUGGCCUGUUGAUACUUUUGAAAGG